UGUGUGUGUAUGUGUGUGUGUGUGUCUCCCAGAGGACCAGCUACCUCCUGGUUUCCCCACCAUCGACAUGGGCCCACAGCUCAAAGUGGUGGAGCGAACUCGAACCGCCACCAUGCUCUGUGCCGCCAGCGGCAACCCGGACCCGGAUAUCUCCUGGUUUAAAGACUUCCUCCCCGUCAAUACCACCAACAACAACGGCCGCAUUAAACAGCUGCGAUCAGAAUCCUUUGGAGCCCUGCAGAUAGAGCAGAGCGAGGAGUCGGACCAGGGAAAGUAUGAGUGUGUGGCCACCAACAACGAUGGGACGCGCUACUCGGCGCCGGCCAACCUUUACGUUCGAGAGCUGCGGGAAGUGCGCCGGGUGCCGCCGCGCUUCUCCAUCCCGCCCACGGACAACGAGAUCAUGCCGGGCGGCAGCGUGAACAUCACGUGCGUGGCGGUGGGCUCGCCCAUGCCGUACGUCAAGUGGAUGCUGGGUGCCGAGGACCUGACGCCCGAGGACGACAUGCCCAUCGGGCGCAACGUCCUGGAGCUGACCGACGUGCGCCAGUCGGCCAACUACACCUGCGUGGCCAUGUCCACGCUGGGCGUCAUCGAGGCCGUGGCGCAGAUCACCGUCAAAGCAUUGCCCCGGAAUCCCGGCAUCCCGGUGGUCACAGAGCGCACCGCCACGAGCAUCACCCUGACGUGGGAUUCCGGCAAUCCCGAACCGGUGUCAUACUACAUCGUCCAGCACAAGUCCAAGUACUCGGAAGACUUGUACAAGGAAAUCGACGGCGUGGCGACCACGCGCUACAGCGUCGGCGGCCUCAGCCCUUACUCGGACUAUGAGUUCCGCGUGGUGGCCGUCAACAACAUUGGCAGGGGCCCGCCCAGCGAGAGCGUGGAGGCCAAGACGGCCGAGCAGGCGCCCAGCACGGCACCGCGCCGGGUUCGGGGCCAAAUGCUGAGCGCCACCACGGCCGUCAUCAACUGGGAAGAACCGGAGGAAGCCAACGGGCAGAUUAUGGGCUACAGGGUGUACUACACGCUGGAUUCCAGCCAGCACGUCAACCUGUGGGAAAAGCAAAUCGUCCGAGGGGCGAACUUUGUCACCAUCCAAGGCCUCAUCCCGAACAAAACGUAUUACAUCAAGGUGCUCGCCUACACGUCGGUCGGCGAUGGGCCUCUCUCCCCAGAUCUGCAGAUCAUUGCAAAGACGGGAGUUCCUUCCCAACCGACGGACUUUAAGGGCGAGGCCAAGUCGGAAACCAGCAUUUUGUUGUCAUGGGUUGCGCCGGUCCAGACGGGACAGGAGAAUCAAAUCACGGGAUACGAUCUCUUGUACAAGAAGAGGGAUGAUCAAGACGAGAGGCGAAUUAGCUUCGAGCCCACCUCGACGUACCUCAUGAAGGACUUGAAGCCCUUCACCACAUACGCCUUCCGUCUGGCGGCCCGUAGCAAGCACGGCGUCGGCGCGUACACCAGCGAGAUCUCCGCUGAGACCCCGCAAACACAGCCCUCCGGCCCGCCCGCAGAAGUCAGGUGCUCGAGUCCCACGUCCACGAGCAUCCUGGUAAGUUGGCGGGCGCCCCCGAUGGAAUCGCAGAACGGAAUCAUAACACGAUACAGCAUCCAGUACGCCGCCACCGACGGGGAGGACAAGACCCCGCGUCAGAUCCCGGACAUCCCCCCGGAAAGCUCUCAGUACCUUUUGGAACACUUGGAAAAAUGGACAGAAUACCACGUGACAGUCACCGCUCAUACGGAUGUCGGAGCAGGGCCGCAAAGUACGCCACAGCUGGUCCGCACCGAGGAGGACGUUCCUAGCGGGCCACCUCGUAAAGUCGAGGUGGAAGCUGUCAACUCGUCGUCAAUUAAAGUCAUCUGGCGCUCACCGAUGCCCACCAAGCAACAUGGGCAGAUCCGGGGGUACCAGGUGCACUAUGUCAGGAUGCUUAAUGGGGAGCCCAUAGGACAGCCCGUCAUCAAGGAUAUCCUGAUUGAUGAUGCCCAGUGGGAAUAUGAUGAUUCAACUGAUCAUGAAAUGGUCAUCUCGGAGCUGCAGGCCGAGACCACAUAUUCUGUUACCGUGGCGGCCUAUACCACUAAAGGCGACGGCGCGCGCAGCAAGCCCAAACUUGUUACGACCACUGGCGCAGUCCCUGAUAAACCUCGGCUAAUGGUCAGUACCACCAACAUGGGCACCGCUCUCCUCCAAUGGCAUCCCCCGGCAGUCACCCACGGGCCUCUGCAAGGUUACCGCCUCCGCUUCGGCCGCAAAGACCUGGAACCGUUGACAGUCAUCGAGUUCCCCGAGCGGGACAACCACUACACCACCAGAGAGAUCCAUAAGGGCGCCUCGUACACGUUCCGGCUUUCGGCGCGCAACAAGGUGGGAUUUGGCGAAGAGACGGUCAAGGAGGUGACCACGAACGAAGACGUGCCGAGCGGCUACCCCCAGUGGAUCACGGCCGACGCCGCCACCACCUCCACGAUUCAGGUCAGCUGGCAGGAGCUGCUGCUGGCCGAGCGCAACGGCCACAUCGUCAAGUACGCGCUGCAGUACAAGGACAUCAACAGCCCGCGCAGUCCCUCGGAACUCUUUAUCACCGCCCCCGAAUCCACAGUGAUCUUGGACGGCCUUAAGGCAGAAACCACUUACGAUAUUAAAAUGUGUGCCUUCACCAGCAAGGGUUCUGGUCCCUAUAGCCCAAGUGUCCAAAUCAGGACACAGCCUUUGGAUCAAGUGUUUGCAAAGAAUUUCCACGUGAGAGCUGCCAUGAAGACGUCCGUGCUGCUGACGUGGGAGAUCCCCGACACCUACAACGCCGCUCAGCCUUUCACGAUCCUGUACGACGACGGGCAAAGCGUGGAGGUGGACGGCAAACUGACCCAGAAACUGAUUACGGGGCUUCAACCGGAGACACAGUACUCCUUCCUGUUGACCAACCGCGGUAACAGCGCCGGCGGUCUGCAGCACCGUGUGGCUACCAUGACCGCGCCCGACAUCCUUCGCACCAAGCCCUACCUGAUCGGCAAGACCAACACGGAUGGCAUGGUGACGGUGGAGCUCCCUUCGGUGCAGACGUCAGAAAAAGUGCGGGCGUAUUACAUCGUGGUAGUGCCCCUGAAGAAGCAACGCAGCGGCAAGUUCGUCAAACCCUGGGACAAUCCCGACGAGAUGAAUUUCGAGGAGCUGCUACAGGAGAUAAACCGCACCAGCAGAGGCCUCCGGCGCCGCAGACAGGCGGAGCCCAAGGCGUACAUCGCCGCCUACUUCCAAGACCUGCCUAAAGAUAGGUCACAGAUCAUGUACGCCACCAGCCCGUACUCCGACCCCGUGGUUUCGGCCGACAUUGACCCCCAGCCAAUCAUCGACGAAGAGGAGGGUCUCAUCUGGGUGGUGGGCCCCGUCCUCGCCGUCGUUUUCAUCAUAUGCAUCGUCAUCGCCAUCCUGCUGUACAAGAGGAAAAGGGCCGAAUCGGAAGCCAGGAAAGGGAGCCUUCCCAAUAGCAAGGAGAUGCCCUUGCAUCACCCGACCGACCCCGUUGAGCUUCGCCGCCUCAACUUUCAGACGCCUGGUAUGGCGAGCCACCCACCAAUCCCCGUCAUGGACCUGGCGGAGCAUCUGGAGCACUUGAAAGCCAACGACAACCUCAAGUUUUCCCAGGAGUACGAGUCCAUCGACCCCGGGCAGCAGUUCACCUGGGAGCACUCCAACUUGGAGGUGAACAAACCAAAGAACCGCUACGCCAACGUGAUCGCCUAUGACCACUCGCGAGUCUUGCUCUCCGCAAUUGACGGCAUCCCGGGCAGUGACUACAUCAACGCCAACUAUGUGGACGGCUACAGGAAACAGAACGCGUACAUUGCCACGCAAGGCUCGCUGCCCGAGACCUUUGGGGAAUUCUGGCGAAUGAUCUGGGAACAGAGGAGCGCCAUCAUUGUCAUGAUGACCAAGCUGGAGGAGCGAUCCAGGGUCAAGUGUGAUCAGUACUGGCCCACCAGAGCAACGGAGACAUACGGCCUCAUACAAGUGACUCUGCUUGACACGGUGGAGUUGGCCACAUACUGCGUCAGGACAUUUGCACUUUUUAAAAACGGCUCCAGCGAGAAGCGGGAGGUCCGGCAGUUCCAGUUCACGGCCUGGCCGGACCACGGGGUGCCGGAACACCCCACGCCCUUUCUUGCCUUCUUGAGACGGGUAAAGUCGUGCAACCCUCCGGACGCCGGGCCCAUGGUGGUGCACUGCAGCGCCGGCGUGGGUCGCACGGGUUGCUUCAUUGUGAUCGAUGCCAUGCUGGAGCGAAUCAAGCACGAGAAGACCGUGGACAUCUACGGGCAUGUGACGCUGAUGCGCGCCCAGCGUAACUACAUGGUGCAGACCGAAGACCAGUACGUCUUUAUUCACGACGCGCUGCAGGAGGCCGUCAACUGCGGCACCACCGAAGUGCCCGCCCGGAACCUCUACGCUUACAUCCAGAAAUUGACGCAGAUAGAGGCCGGAGAAAAUGUCACCGGCAUGGAACUUGAGUUCAAGCGUUUAGCCAACACGAAAGCCCAUACGUCGCGAUUCAUCAGUGCCAAUCUGCCGUGCAACAAGUUCAAGAACCGCCUUGUCAACAUCAUGCCAUACGAGUCCACGCGCGUGUGUCUCCAGCCCAUUCGAGGAGUGGAGGGAUCGGACUACAUCAAUGCAAGUUUCAUCGACGGCUACAGGCAACAGAAGGCCUACAUUGCCACACAGGGACCACUGGCAGAAACCACAGAAGACUUCUGGAGGAUGCUCUGGGAGCACAACUCUACCAUUGUCGUGAUGCUAACGAAGCUCAGAGAAAUGGGCAGGGAAAAAUGCCAUCAGUACUGGCCCGCAGAGAGGUCAGCCAGAUACCAAUACUUUGUGGUGGACCCCAUGGCCGAGUACAACAUGCCGCAGUACAUCCUUCGGGAGUUCAAAGUGACAGACGCCAGGGAUGGACAGUCACGAACGGUGCGACAGUUCCAGUUCACAGACUGGCCCGAACAAGGAGUGCCGAAAUCCGGGGAGGGCUUCAUCGAUUUCAUCGGCCAAGUACAUAAAACGAAAGAGCAGUUUGGCCAAGAUGGGCCUAUCUCGGUCCACUGUAGCGCUGGCGUCGGUCGGACCGGCGUCUUCAUCACCCUGAGCAUUGCCUUGGAGCGAAUGAGAUACGAGGGCGUCGUCGACAUCUUUCAGACUGUGAAGAUGUUGCGGACACAGAGACCAGCCAUGGUGCAGACAGAGGAUCAAUACCAAUUCUGCUACAGGGCUGGAUUAGAGUAUCUGGGAAGUUUUGAUCACUAUGCAACGUAAAGGACUCAGCAUCAGAGGGAAAGGUGGAAAGGAAAGAAAAAAACCCAGUUGCGCCUCUCUUCUGAGCCAUAAAUUACUGCUUGAGAACGUAAAAACUCCUUGCAAACAACUCAUUAAAAGUCGGAUGUGUGACAUGAUACUGCCACAGACAAAAAAAAAAAAAAAGAUUCCCUGGAGGACCAAGUAUUUCCCCAAUUCAAGCUUAAACUGGCCUUGUCACCACGUGAUGGAAUCCGGACCAUUGAAGCACCUCGUUGGAUUUUUUUUGGGGGCUUCAAGGAUUUAUUUGGGAGCAAACGAACCCGGCGGAGAAUGAGACUCGAGCAGGGUGAAAGCAUUAUGAAAAGGCAUCAGAGGAGCAUGGAGGGGAACUUGACGCACAUUGUAAAGAAAAAUAAAUCACAAUCACACCCGUCGGGAAAAGCCGGACAAUGCUCGAAUGGACCCUGACAUUGAAGUACUCGUCCUGUCUCAAUGUUCAUCAUCUCAAGUUUGCGAGGGGAUAUACAAAGAAAAAAAAAAAAAAGAUCUAUGGAAUAAAUCAAAUGAUUAAUUUAGUUUUUUAGGACUCUAUUAUACAACCGAUGUGAUUUUUUUUUUCUUUUGAAAAUGUGUAAAUGUCUUUUUUUUUUUUUUUUUUUACACUCUGAAAGAAGAAUAUCGAUAUCAUACAAAUGUUCCCUUUUCUUCAAGCUGUUUGUGCAUUUACAAUUUUGGUUUGUAGCACAUGGAUUGACUUAAAGAAAAAAAAAAGGCUGAGAGCCAGUCUUUGCCGCGAUUGUUUUUGAUUUGCAUACACCUCCCAUCCGAUAAACUGGGGCUUUGUGGAAUCAACAGGGAUGAGCAAAGUAUGAAGUUGCUGCUAUGAAUUAUCUGAGUUCUUCCAUGUCAGGAUGAUGAGAAGGAUAAAUGACAUAAGUUCUAUAUAUCUAUAUAUACAUCUAUACAUAUAUAAUCAGAUGUGAAAUACCAAUCAUAUUCUAAAUAUAAAUUUGAAAAGAAAAUGUCUAUUAGCCGGUGAACGCUUCUGAAUGGUGUGGGGAAAGUGACGUUUCACUGGAAUGCACAUCAAUAGGACACCAUUCUGAUUCAAUGCAUCUUUUCUCGUGCAAUAAAUGAUGUGUUAUUAAGUCGCGACACCCGGCUCCCGACAGGCGUCACGUGGAAAUGUACAUCAGCCGCCUGUCACCCACCGCUCCAUGCAAUUGGGCAAAGUAUAAAAAAAAAACAACGCCGUGUGUUAUUUAAAACCCUUUCUCGAGUAUUCCUUUUCCCAUUUUGCAUUUAGUGCCUUAUAUUUAUGCCUGUUUUUUUUAUACCAUUUCAGUGUAUCUUUUGAGUAUUCAGCUUAUAUGUCAAUAUAUAAAUAUAUAUGUGUGUUCAUUUACACUCAUAUUCGCAAUGUCACCUGAGAUUAUAUAUGCAAGCAACAUUUUGACGCUCAUUCUGUCAUUUUCAGUGGCCUUACCGUGGCUGGGUUGGUGCGACUAGUUCACGGACCUGGAAGGAAAAUAGGAAAAUUCAGCUUUUGAAGAGUUCACAUUUUACAAAAGGAGAACGAGGAGAACAGUGUUGACGCUGUCAAUCAUUCAAAAUGAGGGUGACCUCUAAAAUGGAGGUUAUCCGAGACAGAUUUUGAAAUUCCAUACAUCCACAUGCAUUCUGCGUUGGCUCGCAAAGCCAAAAUAGUCAAAGCAAACGGAAAAAAAAAAUCAUAAUGGAUAAAGACAGAUGCCACUCAAGUCCGAUCAUGACAUUUCUGUCACAUUUCAAAAGUCAACGGUGAAGCAAAUGAGUGAAGAAAAAUGGCUACCGAACAACCCUCCUGAGAGAGCCUGACAAGACAAAAAAAUAAAUAAAUUGAAAUUUCAUCAACACAGACUCAUCACAAACAUCGGUAUUUGAGCCAGUAAAAUUAUUCACGCCGUUAUUUUGUUAAUGGUGCUACAUACAUUGUAGAUGGUGCACUGGGGGAGGCAAACUUUUUUUUUUUUUUUUUUUUUUUUGGGUGCGAUAGAUAGCUUGCAAAAUUUCUGAAUUUUCUGACCAUAUUUUUCAACACCGUCAGAGAGUGAGGUGGAAAAUGGGUGGACCAUCAUAACUCAACAAAAUUCAACCCUUUUGGAUCCAAAAUUUGGCACACACAUUGACAUGAAAAGAAUUGACAUUGAUUGGCAUCUUUGACCACAAUUUUUUCGCUAUUUGUGUUGGCUUCAUGGAUGUGCAUUCCAGAUCUUUCUUUCCCUUACAAACACAGUUACCUAAACUUUUUUUUUUUUGGUUAAUUUCCAGACAAAAGUACUGUUAUGAUGUAGUGGCUAAAGUUUUUUUUUUGUUGUUUCUUUGUUUGUUUAUGUAAUUUGCAUGGUCAAACCUUUGCAGGAUGGCCCAGAAGUCGGCCCGGAAAGGAAGAUUUGCACUUUCUCUAUCUUUGUACUAUGCACUGCCCUAUUGAUUCUAGACCCAAUAAUAUAUUACUUGAACCCAUUACGGAAAAAAAA